GAAGCUGAAUUUGGAAGUAGCACAAGACCUCAUCUCUGCUUCUUUCCAUGCUUUUGAUGAGUCUGUAGACAGCAAAAUAGAGGAAAUUCUUGAGAGGCUAAGCUUCAUUGUAGAACAAAGAGAUGCCCUUGAUUUGAAAAGAGGUAGUAGACACAAAAUCUCACAAACAUUGCUUUCAGCUUCUUUAGUAGAAGGCUCUGAUGUGUAUGGAAGAGAUCAUGAGAAGGAAACCAUCAUUCAAUUGUUGCUAUCAUGAUGUCACUUGUAGUAAGAUUGGCAUUAUUCCCAUUGUGGGCAUGGGUGGGAUCGGAAAGACCACCCUUGCUCAGCUCUUAUACAAUGAUGAUAGAGUGCAACAGCAUUUUGAACUCCAGGCAUGGGUUUGUGUUUCUGAUGAAUUUGACGUUGUUAAGAUCAUACAAACAAUUUAUGCAUCAGUCACUUCACGAACCUGUGAUACCACAGACCUAAACCAGCUUCAGGUCAAACUCAAAGAUGCUUUGGCGGGGAAGAAGUUUCUUUUUGUUCUUGAUGAUGUUUGGAACGAGAAUUACAAUAUUUGGGAUUCCUUAAAACGCCCCUUAGAGUCUGGAGCUCAUGGAAGUAAGAUCAUUGUCACCGCACGGAAUCAUGGUGUUGCAUCUACGAUGGGUACUCUUCAAACCCACUAUUUAGAGCACUUACUUGACGAAGACUGUUGGUCUUUAUUUGCAAACCAUGCCUUCAAAGAUACAAGUGUAAUUGUAGAUCCAAAUCUUGAGGUAAUUGGCAGACAAAUUGUUAGCAAGUGUAAAGGCCUUCCUUUAGCUGCAAAAUCUCUCGGUGGUCUCUUACGCUCUGAACCAAAUGUGGAGGAAUGGGAAAAUGUGCUAAAAAGUGACAUAUGGGAGUUGUCAGAUGCAAAGAUUGAAAUUUUGCCGGCUCUAUGGCUAAGCUACCAGUACUUGUCUCCAGUGCUGAAGCAUUGUUUUGCUUAUUGUUCGAUAUUUCCCAAAGAUUAUGAAUUUGACAAGUCUGAAUUAAUUUUAUUGUGGAUGGCCGAAGAUCUUUUACAACCCCAAAAUAAGACUAGGUUGGAAGAUGUUGGAAGGAAAUACUUUGAUGAUCUAACCUCACGGUCAUUUUUUCAAUACUCGUGUUCAAAUGAUUGUUUCAUCAUGCAUGAUCUGAUGCAUGAUUUGGCGACUUAUGUAUGUGGGAAAUUUUGCUUUAGAUUGGAAGACCACGACUUCUCAUUGGAUGUUGUAAGCAAGCGUCGUCAUUUUUCUUAUAUGCAAUAUUCAUCUAAUGUUGAUUCUAAAAGAUUUGACACUAUUUAUGAAGCUAAGUAUCUGCGCACCUUCAUUCUUGGCGAUCUCUAUUCAUUGCCGACGGUACGACUUGAUCACCUUUUAAUGCUACAGUGUUUAAGAGUUGUCAAACUCCGAGGGGAAGAUAUCAGUGAGUUGCCUGAUUCGAUUAGCAACUUGAAGCAUCUACGGUACCUCGACUUGUGUGACACUCUAAUAAUGGAAUUACCUUACACGGUAUGCAGUUUGUAUAAUUUACAAAUGUUGUUGUUGUCAAAUUGUACAUGUCUAGCUAAGUUGCCCACCGAUUUGAGAAGACUUAUCAACUUGCGCCAUCUUGAUUUGAGACGUACGAAAAUAAAAAAGAUGCCCCCCCAUAUGGGCAAGUUGAAAGAUCUCCAAACAUUUGGAGGUGAGUUUGUCUUGAGCAAAGAUGUCGGGGGAAACAUUGAUGAGUUAAAGGGGUUUCAGCAUUUGAGUGGAAAUCUUCAUAUUUCAGGGCUUCAAAAUAUCACAUGUGCUGAGGAUGCUUUGGAGGCCAAACUGAGGGACAAGAAGCUCAUUGAAAUACAUUUGAAAUGGGAAGGUGACGCUAUCGAUUCUCAAAACGAUAGCCGAGUGCUGGGCAACCUGCAGCCCAAUAUAAACCUAAAAGUACUGGCUAUUGAAGGAUACGGAGGUACAAAGUUUCCAGGUUGGUUAGGAGAUGAGUCUUUCUCUAAUCUCGUCUCUCUACGACUUGAAACUUGUGGAUAUUGUUUGUCCCUGCCAGCAUUGGGGCAGCUGCCCUCCCUCAAAGGGCUUGAAAUUGAUGGGUUGAAUGGAGUGGAAUCAGUGGGGUCUGAGUUUUAUGGGGGAAUUAAACCUGCAUUUAAAUCUUUGGAGUUUCUGAGUUUCUGCAAUAUGCUGGCAUGGCAAGAGUGGUGUUUCCCUGGAGGUGAAGAAGAAGAAGGUGGACAUUUUCCUAAUCUUUGCAAGCUUCGUCUGCACUGCUGUCCCAAACUAACGGGGAAAAUACCGUUAGACUACUUUCCAAGACUUGAGGGGCUAAGUUUGCAUGAAGUUAAUGUCGAAUCCCUUGCUUGUUCGCAAGAGUGCAAUAAAUUCAAUAUUGAACUCCCAUCCCUCCGUGAGUUGGAAAUAUUAGAUUGCCCGAAUCUGGUAUGUUUUGUGGGUGGUGGAGUACUGCUUGCGCCCAACUUGAAGAUGAUAUUUGUGUUCACUUCUAAAAACAUGUGGUCGGUGCCAGAGGAGAUGCACGCCUCUCUCCCGUCUCUUCAGACUCUGUACAUACAAGGGUGUAAAGAAUUUGUGGGUUUCCCCCAUGAUGGAGGACUGCAAGCGCCCAACUUGAAGAAGAUGGAAAUCAAAGAAUGUAACAAAUUCAAGUCACUGUCAAAGGAGAUGCACAGCUCUCUCCCUUCUCUUCAGUCUCUAUCCAUAGAAGGGUGUAAAGAAUUUAAAUCAUUUCCGGAAGAAUCUAAAUUCCCACCCCUCGAUGAUUUGAAGAUAAUGGAGUGCCCAGAAUUUGUGGGUUUCCCCCAUGGAGGAGGACUGCAAGCGCCCAACUUGAAGAAGAUGGAAAUCAAAGGAUGUAACAAAUUCAGGUCACUGCCAGAGGAGAUGCAAAUCUCUCUCCCGUCUAUCAAGUCUUUGUUCAUAUUUGAAUCUCCAGAAUUGGAAUCAUUUCCGGAAGGGGGAUUGCCGUCUAAAUUCCGGUCACUCGAAAUCUGGAGUUGUAAAAAACUGAUGGCAAACCGUAUGCGGUGGGGUCUACAAACACUCACCUCUCUCAAACACUUGGCUGUCAACUUCUCAGAAUGUGAAGAAGAAGAAAUUGUCGAAUCAUUUCCAGAAGAGGGGCUGCUGCCAACCACUCUCACUUCUCUUAGAAUCUCCCAUCUUCCGAAUCUGAGAACCAUUGACGGCAAGGCGUUAGGACACCUCAUCUCUCUCGAGAUGUUGGAUAUAUCUUUUUGUCCUCAACUCCAGAGUUUGCCAGAUGAAGGGCUACCCGCUUCUCUUUCUCGUCUGCAAAUCUUCCAGUGUGAUUUGCUUACACACCGGUGCCAGAGAGACGCUGGAGAAGAUUGGGCCAAGAUUUCUCACAUCCCCACAUAUGGAUUGAUCACCGAAAGAUAUGAUUUGCAAUGGUACUCAUGACCCAUAUAAACUUGAAAGUAUUUGUGAUAGAAAGAUAUGGAGCUACAAAAAUUCCAAAUCUGUUAGGAGAUGACUCGUUCGUUCUCUCAUCUUGUUACUCUUCGACUUGUGGAUUGUGAAUAUUGUUUUUCAAUGCCAGCAUUGGCACAGCUACCGUCUUCUCAGCAGGCUUGAAACUGAUGGGUUAAAUGGAGUGGAAGUGAUUCAGAGUUGGUUCUACUCUCCCUCUUUUCUUACUGUGUCUUAUGGUGGUUCUAUUAUACGACAAUUUGUUGUAUCGAACUAGUCGUCGAUGAAAAAGGAGCUUCAACAAGUUUAUGAGCUCUAGUUUCCGAAUUUCCUUUUUCAAGUUUGUUUCCAAAUUGUGUCUAUUGAGAGGUAGAUUUUGGUACUUUGUGGAAUUCAAAUUCAAACGUUUGGUUUGUAAAA